AGCGCCGUGUUCCUGAAUGGGAGGAGGGCGGCGGUGAGGCUCAGUGCGGUGAGGCGGUGCCUUCACUGCUCCACACUGCGGAGGGAGGCCGGAGCUGCUGGGUACAGAAAUGGCGGAGGGGGAGUUGGACGUCGACUCGCUGAUUUCCAGGCUUUUAGAGGUGCGAGGAUGUCGUCCGGGGAAGAUUGUCCAGAUGACGGAGGCUGAGGUGCGCGGCCUCUGCAUCAAGUCCCGGGAGAUCUUCCUCAGUCAGCCAAUCCUUCUGGAGCUGGAGGCUCCGCUCAAAAUCUGUGGUGACAUCCACGGACAGUACACAGACCUGCUGAGGCUCUUUGAGUACGGCGGCUUCCCGCCAGAGGCCAACUACCUGUUCCUGGGGGACUACGUGGACCGAGGGAAGCAGUCGCUGGAGACCAUCUGCCUGCUGUUGGCCUACAAGAUCAAAUACCCCGAGAACUUCUUCCUGCUCAGGGGCAACCACGAGUGUGCCUCCAUCAACCGCAUCUACGGCUUCUACGACGAGUGUAAACGCAGGUUCAACAUCAAGCUGUGGAAGACCUUCACCGACUGCUUCAACUGCCUGCCCAUCGCUGCCAUAGUGGACGAGAAGAUCUUCUGCUGCCACGGAGGUCUCUCUCCUGACCUGCAGUCUAUGGAGCAGAUCAGACGGAUCAUGAGACCCACAGAUGUGCCUGACACAGGCCUCCUGUGCGAUCUGCUGUGGUCGGACCCAGACAAGGACGUCCAGGGCUGGGGCGAGAAUGACCGUGGCGUCUCCUUCACCUUCGGAGCGGAUGUGGUCAGCAAGUUCCUGAACCGCCACGACCUGGACCUGAUCUGCAGAGCCCACCAGGUGGUAGAAGACGGUUAUGAGUUCUUUGCCAAGCGGCAGCUGGUGACUCUGUUCUCGGCUCCAAACUACUGCGGAGAGUUCGACAACGCCGGCGGCAUGAUGAGCGUGGAUGAAACCCUGAUGUGCUCCUUCCAGAUCCUGAAGCCGUCUGAGAAGAAAGCCAAGUACCAGUAUGGAGGGAUGAACUCGGGACGGCCCGUCACCCCACCCCGCACAGCCCAACCCCCAAAGAAACGGUGAAGAAGGACGGAGGGAGGGAGGGAGGGAGAUACGGAAUGAGAGCGAACUCGGUGAUUGUCUCCUGUUGGCUUUUCACAACUCUGAGUAAAAGCAACGCUCGGCAGCGGAGGCAAACAGACGAGCGCGGCGGCUGAUUUUAAAAAGACGCACCCAAACCUGUCUUUCAUUAAAAAUCUAAUUUCUCUGAUCUGCCUCUGAGCUGCUGUCACACACUCUUCUUCUUCCUCCUCGAUGCUUUUCAUCCGUGUAACAUUUUUAAAAACAAGUGUUAAAAAAGAAAAUAUGCGAGAACAGCGAAGGCGUCAUUCUGUAGCGUAUCAGAGUGUUUUCUUUUUCUUUUGUCUUUUUGUCCUUUUGCCUUUUUUUUCUUGACAACAGAAUGACAGCUAAUUUAGUUUACCACAUCUCCUUACUUCCCUGCCUGUACACACACACACACACACACACACACACAAACAACAGGUAUCAAUGACAACAGCUGGGUUUUCAAUAAAUAAUACAGGGAAUAAAUCCA